UCUCUCUCUGCCCUGCCGUUCUCUCUCCGCCCACCGCUCCGGACCACAACCUAGGUUUUUCUUACUGUUUAAGCGUUGAUCUCUUUUGCAUUCUUCAUAAUCCUCUCACCCACCUCCAUUCCGCCGUUUUCGCUCACUGUCUCUCAGGUUAUGGGGCGCGAAAGAGGGGAUUGCCAAUGUGCUAGUGAUGCAAAGAAUAGCACAUGAGCGUGAGAGUUCGGUUUCUAGAUUUUUAAAUCAUUUGUAUGUAAAUUGAAAUGUCGGAAAUGAAUUAGCAUUGUGGAUCAAUAAACUACACCAUUGUUAAGAUCUGUGGAGCUGCUAUCUACGGGCUUUGGUAUUGAGAGCAAAGGUAGUAAUGGGAUCUAAUACAUGUGAAAUUGUUGAAGCAAGGGAAGAAAUUAAGGCUGUUCAAAGUAAGGUAGAAUCUCGUCAUUCGGAUUUUGUAUCUCACCGAGAUCGGAAACUUUCUGCAUUGAAAAUUGGAUUCAAGGGAUUUUUAGAGGAUGAUAUCAAUCAGCUUUUUGAGUCGAUUAGUAUUAAAAAUGCAUCCAAGAGCUUAGGUCAUUCACAAGUAGAUGUAAAUGCGCUGAGAAAAAGUACGCUAAAGAAGCCAAUAAGUGUUGGCAUGCCUUGCUCGCCAGGUAUUGGUACUUCUGAUUCUGGUAGUUUGAAGCAGGCACUCAGGGAACUAUGCCUUUCAAAGGCGUCUGAGAUGGCUGCUAUGAAAAGAUCAUCAAAACCAGCUACCUUGUCAAGACUCUCGGAAGCUGGCCGGAUCAAGACAUUGUACAAUUCAGUUAUGGUUGAAGCCACUGAGUCAGGCUCUUCUUCAGAUAACAGUAAGGGGGGGCGUGUGGUUGAAAUAUCCCUGGUUCCAGAGGGCAAAAAAAAGAACGUUGAGCAGAGACUUGAGAAUGUCCAAGCAUCUGCUGUUAAAUCACCAGCUGAAAGUUCUCAUUCUUCUCCUCAGUUCACGGUUACGAAAACACAAAGUUCUAUGGAGGUUGGUACUCUCGAACAAAACGUCAAUACCACUCUGUCAAGGAAAGUUGGACCUCAAACAUUAAAGGCAGAGCUGGAGAAGGAAGAGGAGUCCAUUACCCCACCAUCUGUAUCUUCUUGUACGAUUAAGAAGGUAUUAGAGAAGGAGAAGAAGAUUCUUGUCUCGAGCAGGGUAGGAAAUAAAGUGUCAUCAUCCAAGGCUGGACGGAAAGGUCGGCUGCAAACUGCAUCUUCAUCUAAGUUGGUUAGUGGCAAUAAGGUAAGCAAGUUAUCUAGAAGUAAUUCCCGUUCGAUCAAACCAGUUAUUCGGAACAAGGGGCUGGUUAAAAAGAAAGUCAAACAGGAUUUGAGUUCUCCAACAUGUAGUUCAAGCACAUACAAUGCAGUAAAUGGCGAUACGGAUCCUAGUAAAAAGAAGUUGAUAUGUGAGAGGUGCCACUGCGCAUUGAACAGUGCAGCUAAAGACUCGAAGAAGGGCUCUGCUUCCCAGUUUAGUGCUCUUGGUACUGAUGUAAAUAUGGCUAGUUCAAAAUCUGGUGCUAACAAAUCAGGCAUCACGGAUGGCAAGGCUUCUGAUGUUCGAGUAAAAAAAAAUACAAGGGUACGAGAUAAGGGUGAGUUUUCUCAAAGCUCAAAAAGUAGUCAAGGCGAGUACAGUAGCAGUACUACGAGUAUUAUAAGUGAUGACUGCAAUGGGCAUGGAUCGAGUAAUGGUAACAGACCUCAUAUGUCGAAAGAUGUAAGGUGGGAAGCCAUACGUCACUCACAAUUGCAGCAUGGGGUUCUCAGCUUGAGGCAUUUCAAUCUCUUAAAGAAGCUUGGUUGUGGGGACAUUGGAACGGUGUAUCUUGCCGAGCUAACUGGUACUAAUUGCCUAUUUGCCAUUAAGGUCAUGGACAACGAGUUUCUAGCAAGACGGAAGAAAAUGCCGAGAGCGCAAACCGAGAGAGAAAUACUGAGAAUGCUAGAUCAUCCAUUCCUCCCAACACUUUAUGUUCAAUUUACUUCAGAUAAUCUAUCAUGUCUUGUCAUGGAAUAUUGUCCUGGUGGAGAUCUUCAUGUUCUGCGGCAGAAGCAGCUAGGCCGAGUUUUUCCCGAGCCUGCAGCAAGAUUUUAUGUUGCUGAGGUCCUCCUUGCAUUGGAGUACUUGCACAUGCUUGGAGUUAUUUAUCGAGAUUUAAAACCCGAGAACAUUCUUGUCAGAGAAGAUGGUCACAUAAUGCUCACCGACUUCGACCUGUCGCUUAGGUGCACGGUCUGUCCAACACUCCUGAAGUCAUCAUCCUCCGACUCAGACUUGGCGAAGACAUCAGGUCCAUGUACAGAUUCUAGUUGUGCUGAGCCUUUUUGCCUUGAACCAUCAUGCCAAGUCCCAUGCUUCAGCCCAAGGUUCUUACCAGCUGCUUCCAAAACAAGGAAGUCCAAACCCGACCUCACAACUCAGUUCAGGUCAUUGCCCCAGCUCGUUGCUGAACCCACCGAUGCACGAUCGAAUUCCUUCGUUGGCACUCACGAGUAUUUGGCACCGGAGAUCAUCAAAGGAGAGGGUCAUGGCGCUGCAGUCGAUUGGUGGACGUUUGGUGUUUUUCUCUAUGAACUUCUAUAUGGUAGAACCCCUUUCAAGGGAUCCAACAACGAAGAGACAUUAGCCAAUGUAGUACUGCAGAGCCUCAGUUUUCCCGACAGCCCGAUCGUUAGUUUCCAAGCAAGGGAUCUUAUCCGAGGGCUGUUAGUGAAGGAGCCUGAAAGUCGAUUCGGGACGGAAAAAGGAGCGGCCGAAAUCAAACAGCACCCGUUCUUCGAGGGGCUAAACUGGGCGUUGAUCCGUUGUGCAAUUCCUCCAGAAGUCCCGGAGGUAUGUGACAUGGAAAUUCCAAGCAUGAUUUCUCAACAAAACAAGUUCAGGUAUUUGGAAAACAAGUCGACUGGAGAGCACUUGGAGUUCGAAUUGUUCUAGCAAAAAGGAAAGCAUCAACCAUGGAAAGAGACAGUCGCCAUGGCUGGUAAAGCCCUUUAUUCCAACAUCUUGUUCUUGCUGUAAUUAAUAUCGGUAGCGUAAUGUAAAUGUGAUCGAGAAUAUUGUAUCAAGGCUUCACCAUUUUCAUGGCUUGGAAGGUCUCUGGAGUUGGAUUUUAUAUAUCAAUUUGAUACCAGAAAAAUGAUGAAUUGCCU